AUGGAGGAGAGGAAAUUGAAUUUAAAUGCCCCGCUUCUAUCAGUGAGGCGAUUCUCCAAUAUAGCAACAACCUCAGAUGGUGCGAAAACGAAGAAACUUGAGAACUCCCGUCUUAAUAGACGCCAUACGCUUCCUCCAUAUAAACCAGACACGAGUUUGGAUCAAGUAACUGAACCAGUUGCAGUUCCUUUCCACUGGGAACAGAUCCCUGGUAGAGCUAAGGAUAAUUCUUCGGAGCCGCCUCAAGUCCCUGAGGUGGCUUCUGUUACCCCAAAGGUUCCUCCUAGAAGGUCGUUGGAUAUUGUUAGGCAUCAUAAGGGAAAGCGUGAGCCUAAAGUCCCCAAGGAGGCUUCUGCUAUGCCAAGGAUUUCUUCCAGAAGAGUGUUGGAUGUCGUGAAGCACCAGAAGGAAAAGCCUGAGCCCAAAGCCCCCAAGGAGACUUCUGUCACUCAAAGGAAUCCUCCUAGAAAGGUGUUGGAUCUUGUAAAGCACCACAAGGAAAAGAAACCCACAGAUCAAAGUGUGUCUAGGCCCAAAAUUGAAGCAAAUUCAUUCAACGAGAAGGUAAAGAAAUUGGAUUACUCUAGAGAGGGAGCAAAAGUGAAAGCAGGUGUGAAUUCAGAUGAUGAUGAUGAUGAUGAUGUUUACUCUGAUGCACUUGACACUUUGUCUCCAACAGAUUCAGUGUCCAUGAACUGUAGUGCAAGUGGUCUGAGUGGCUUUGAUGUUCCGGUUGUGAAGCCAUCAGGAACCUUCUCCAAGGAUCAACAAACACGAGAUUUCAUGAUGAGUCGUUUCUUACCUGCGGCCAAGGCAAUGGCUUUGGAGCCAGCUCAUUAUGCUUCAAGAAAGCAACCUGUGGCAGCUGAACAAUCAAGACAAAUUACAAAGGUGGUUCAUGGGAACAGGACACCUCCUCCUAUUAAAUCUCAGUCAAUUAUUAUCCCACAUCAUGACCAGGAUAUAGAAGAGAAAGAAAGUGAAGAUGAAUGUGAUGAGUACGAAGAUUAUGGCAAUAUAUCAACUAAAGCUUGUGGUUGGUUUCCUCGCUUGUGCUUCAAGAAUUCAUUGGGUCUCCUGAAUCCCAUUCCUGGGUUGAAACUUAGGACUCAGGCUUCCAUGUCUUCUACCCAUGAUGUUGAAAAACUGGGCAGAGUUGCUUAUAACAGAUCUCAUUGUCAAACUGUGAAAAAGCACUUUAAAGAUGCUGCUAAUAAGCUAAAACAAGAGAGUGGAGGGCAAUCACCUAGGCUGCUGGAGGCUGAGAACAAACUGUCCUGUGCAUCCAAUCGGUUCAUCUAUGCAAGUGACAGGCAAACAAUGAGUCGGACAUCUCCUUUUAGGUGCUCAGCUGGUACAUCUCCUUUUAGACGCUCAGGGUGCGUUUCUCCUUAUCGCAAUGAAAUGCCUCAAUCUCCCUUCCGUGGCAGGGGAUUUCUAGGCAUUCCUAAAGAGGCUGAAGAUUUGAGAACCAGUAGGUUGAAUUUGUACAAGGGCGUUAGCAAGUCUCAGGAUCUAUCAUCCUAUUAUGGUGCUAAACGAGGGUCUCGUCCAGUAAGCCCCCUAGUUGAGAAGACAUUGUAUAUAGAUACUGUACAUAAAGCAGGAAUAUUCUUCCCAGAUUCACGUUCUUCAAAUAUCAAGGAGUGUGUGGACUCUGCAAGGAGGGACUUUACGACACCGUUGAAAAGCAGAGGAAUGAAAGAAGCUGCUGCUGAAGAAUCUUCUUUUCAAGAUGAAGAGCGCCUGAAAUUUAUCGAAGCAGAGAGUGAACUGGAAAAUAAGGUAUCUGGGUCUGCAGAUGCUGAUUCAGCUUCUCUCUCAGACAAAGCAGACAUGAUGGAGGACCAAUCUAAAGCUUUGGUGUGUAUAAGUGCAACCACUGAUGGAAAUGUAAAUAUUGAUGGUGAUCAGAUUUCAAAAGAAGGCGAUUCAGGAAUUGUCAAAAACAGUUUAGUACAGUCUCCUCUUCCCCCAAUCCUACCAAAAACACCUUCUGAAUCUUGGCUUUGGCGAACUCUGCCCUCAAUCACAUCACAAAAUCCACUUUCGCAUUUGCAUCGGGGAACCAGUUUUCAGAACAAAUGGCAGGAUCCUAAGACGUCCUCUACUAAUACCAAAUGGGAAACCAUUGUUAAAUCAUCCUAUUUGCAUCACGAUCAUGUACGUUAUUCUGAGGAAUUAAUUCCUCAUGCUUCUGAACACUCCAAAAGUUAA